AUGGCGGACGCCGACACCAUCGCCGCGAUGCUCGCGGGCAUCAAAAUCUACUACAUCAACCUCGACCGCGCGACGCUGCGACGCGAGGCGAUGGAGGCGCAGCUCGCGCGCUGCGACGACGUCGUGCGCGUGGCGGCCGUCGACGGCGCCGCCGACGCGGCGGCGCCGGCGGCGCGCUUGCAGGCCUGGGGCCUCGAGGACGACGACCGAUCGCCGGCGGAGCUCGCGUGCGUCCUGUCGCACGUCGAGGCCGCCGCGCGCGCGCGCGACGGCGGCGGCGACCUGAGCCUCGUGCUCGAGGACGACGCCUGCCUCGCGCACGUCGCCGUACCCCUCGCGGACAUCGCCGCGCGCGCGCCGGACGGCUGGACCGUGCUGCAGCUCGCGUGCAACAACGCGGACGCGCAGCGCGCGUCGCUCGCGAACGGCGCGCCGUUCGCGCCGUGGCGCCGCGACCACUGGGGCGCGGGCGCGUACCUGCUGUCGCGCGCCGGCGCGGCGGCCUGCGCGGAUCCGUCGACAUUCUCGCCGCGGCUCGGCAAGCUCGUCGCCGACGAGGCCGUCUUCUGGCGCGCGGGCGCGUACAGCUACACGCGCCCCUGCGUCGGCGACCUCGCGGUCGACGGGUCCGCGAUCCAGUCGGCGGACCACACGGAGCUCGUCCACGGGCCGUCGCGGGCGCUGACCCGCGCCUACUUCUCGGGCGCCUGGCACGACCGCCGCGUGCUCGGCGCGCUCUUCGACGGCCGCGCCGCGCUCGCGCUCGUCGCCCGCUUCGUCGCCGGCGACGCGGACCCGGCCGCCGUCGACGCGUGGGUCGCGGACGCGCUCCAGCGCGGCGCGACGUGGGUCGCGCUCUUCGGGCCGAAGCCGGACGCGCUCGCGGCGCGCGUCGCCUGGCUCGGCGGCCAGGCGACGUGGGGGGCCGCGGCCGCGCCGGACCCGGCCGCCGCAAUCGCGGCCGGCCGGCGGCUCCGCGCGCGGCACGUGGUCUGGCUCCCGUCCGGCGCCUUCCUCGCCGGCCCGCCGCUCGCCGCCGCGCUCGACGGCGACGACCCGGCGGCCGCGCGGCGCGCCGCGCGCCACGCGGAGCGGCCGCUCGCCGGCGGCGGCGGCGGCACGGCCUUCCGCCUCGACGGCGGCGCGGGCGCCGGGCCGCCCCACGCGGCGCUCCGCGCCGUCGCGUCGCGCGUCGCCGAAGAAAUCCUCCCGCCGCCGCCGGCGCCGCCGCCGGACCACCUCUGCUGGCGCGCCAAGAGCUCCGGCGCCGUCGUCCGCGCGGGCGUCGACAGGGCGAGCGCGGUCGUCGGCGAGGUCGCGCGCGGCGGCGGCGUCGUCCUCGCGCGCGACCCCUUCAUACGCGCCGCCGACGGCACGCAGCGCUGCGCCGUCGCCGCGCCGCUCGUCGGCUUCGCGUCGCUCAAGGCCCUCGAGCCCUGGGGCCGCGCGACGACGCUCUACUGGGAGCUCAGCGCGCUCCGGGACCGCGCCGCGGGCGGCGCGGCGUACUGGAGCGACGGCUCCGACGACGGCUCCGACGACGAAAGCGGCGACGCGCCCGCGCGCGCCUACGACCCCGUCGAGCGCUGGGCCGCGGGCGCGCGCGCCUUCGGCGAUCUGGCCGCGCGCGCGCGCUACGCGGUCCGCGGCGCCGAGGCCCGCGCGGGGCCCGGCCGCCUCUCGGCGCCCUGCGCGCUCGACGAGGCCGCGUGGGCCGCGGGCGCGCCGCCGGGCCCCUGGCCCUGCCGGGGCCUCGCGCUGCCGCCGCGGGGCGCGGUCGCGGGCCGCGUCUCCGUCGUCUGCCCGACGACGUUUGCGCGGCGCCCCUUCCACGCGCUCCUCCUCGCGAAUGCGCGGUGUCAGACGUGGCCCGACGUCGAGCUCCUCGUCUACGACGACGGGCCGGCGCCGUCGCCCCUGCUCCGCGGCGCGCGGGACUGCCUCUACGUCCACGGCGGCCGGGACCCGCGCCUGUCGCUCGGCGAGAAGCGCAACCGGCUCCUCGCGCUCGCGACGGGCGAGUACGUCGCGAACUUCGACGACGACAACGUCUACGCGCCGACCUACCUCGAGGCCAUGGUCCGCCGCCUCGACGCGUCUGGCGCGGGCCUCGUGUCGCUCGACGAGGCCUGGGUCGCGACGCUCGCCGGCGCCGCGGCGAACGGCGCGGACGCCUGCCGGCGCCUCGGCGGCUUUCACGCGCGCGGCGAGACCUUUCUCCACCGCAACGUCGCCCUCGCCGCCGCGGCCUACGCGCCGCUCAACGUCGGCGAGGAGGUCGGCCUCCUCGCGGCCCUCCCGAACACGGCCGUCGUCGACGACGUCGGCCUCUUCCUCCACGUCGAGCACGGCCGCAACACCGUCGACUUCGAGCUCCUCGACGGGAGGGAGGAGGACGUCGCCUUCACCCAGCUCCUCGGGCGCGCCGCGCUCCCGGCGGCCGCGCCCCUCCGCGGCUCCUGGCCCGCGCGCGAGCUCGGCGAGCUCUGGCGCGCGCUCGCCGCGGCCGACGCGCCGCCGCCGGUGCCGCCGGACGCGGCGGCGACCCCGGAGCGGGGCGCGUGA